AGUGUAUUGAGCGAACAGACAGGAGAAGGCAGAACAGGGCUGACUUACACAAGAAGCGUCCACCGUAUAUAGUUUUCCCAUGUUUGACAAUUAAAAAAUAUUACAUAACCGCAAUAAUAAACGCCAUUCUUCUCUGUCUUCAUGGGUUGCGGCUUCAGUUCACGUGCUCUGCGGCUGCCGGAGAAGAGGAGCCGGGGCUGAAGACUUCAGUCAGUCCGGAAUCCGGAUGAAGGAGCCGCGGAGAAGCUGAAGCAUCCGCAUCCCGACAGACAAUCACAGCGAUGAUGGAGGGACGACACGAGUUCUUAUGCGGGGUUGUGGAGGGUUUCUAUGGGCGACCCUGGUCAAUGGAACAAAGGAAGGUACUAUUUCAGUGGAUGCAGAUGUGGGGUUUGAACACAUAUCUGUAUGGUCCUAAAGAUGAUCUGAAGCACCGGUUGCUGUGGAGAGAGGUUUAUUCAGCAGAGGAAGAAGCUCAGUUGAAGGCUCUAGUUUGUGAGGCCCGAUCGAGGGGUCUUACGUUUGUAUACGCUCUUUCCCCGGGACAGGACAUCGUCUUCUCCAGCUCUUGUGACCUCACACUGCUUAAGCGCAAACUCAGACAGGUGUCAGAUCUGGGCUGCCAGGCUUUUGCUCUCCUGUUCGAUGACAUUGAUCACUCCAUGUGCCAGUCAGAUACAGAGGCCUUUUCUUCAUUCGCUCACGCCCAGGUCACCGUGGCUAAUGAGAUCUUCCGUUUCCUGGGGGAACCACCUGUCUUCCUAUUCUGUCCCACUGAGUACUGUAGUUCUCUCUGCACUCCGAGUGUGUCAAAGUCUCCCUACCUGCUGACUAUUGGGGAGGAUCUUCUGCCUGACAUCUCUGUCAUCUGGACCGGGAAUAAGGUGAUUUCUCGAGAAUUGAGUGCUGAUUCACUAGCAGAGGUCCAGUCGGUGCUUCGAAGGCCACCCUUGAUUUGGGACAACCUCCACGCUAAUGAUUAUGACUCCCGACGUGUCUUCCUGGGGCCUUUUAAGGGCCGUCCUCCUGGACUCAGGGCCCACCUGAGCGGCCUGCUGCUAAACCCAAACUGCGAGUUUGAAGCCAACUUUAUCCCACUGCAUACACUGGGAAGCUGGUAUAAGGAAAGAAAGGAGACUGGAAAAGGUGACAAAGAGGCCUAUAGUGUUGAUAGAGCUCUGUCAACUGCUCUGCAAGACUGGAUAAAAGAACUCAGCCUUCCUCUACAGCCUGGACGUCAGCUGAGGCCAACAGACCUCAAGCCCUCAACACUCUCUGUUAAAUCAAAGUCCUCCGAUAGCUCAGACAAUCAACAUGGAGCCCAGCCCAAACGUCCCAUAACCUCUUCCCAAAGCACAGGGGCUCUUUCUAGCGAUGAAAUCCCAGCAGACCCUGCUAUAAGCCAGGAUCUGAAAGCUGGGGAGAACCAUGUCUGCAGGAGCUCCAGCCAUGAUAAGUCCUCUAGAAGGGGGCUGUGUUCUGGACGAGCUCCUCUCAGCGAGGCGCAGGUCCGACUGCUGGUUGGCUUGUAUUACUUGCCACAUGAACACGGGCCGCCCGCUCAAAACCUGCUGCUGGACCUCACGUGGCUCAAAGCCAACUGUCACUGUGUCAGUGUCAAUGAAAAUGGCAAGAAAGCCUCGCCACAGAAGGUAGAGGAAUGGAGGGCUCGUGCGGGCCAUUUUCUGGCAGCGUGUGAUGAUGUGGCAAUACUUCACAGUGCUGUUGUGAACAGCAUCAAUAGGGCUGUUCUCUAUGACCUUUACCCUUAUAUCUGGGACCUGAGAAACACUCUGCUGGUGGCCAAAGCCUUUAUCUGCUGGCUAGAGGGUCGUAUACUGAGUGAAGGUUCUCCAUUAGGAUCCUGGAAGAACUGCUUUCACUGGUGUGGAGCUUCCUCGGGGGCGGAGUUACAUGGUGUAGAGGCAGAGCCAUGGGUGUUUAAAGGGGGUCUAUCUGGAGAGGUGCAGAUGCUUCUGCCUGUGGGAACCAGCAGUGAGUUGUUCAGUCACCCUCCUCCUCUAUUCCCCACCUCUCGACUCUACAACAUACGACCAUUCUUGCAAAAAGACAAGGUGGAGCUGUAUCGAAUGGUGCAUCAGCUGCAUCAGAGGGGUAAAGGAGGUCAGGAUGCUGCCUUCUGCCAUCCAGACCUAAUUGGAGACAGGUGUUUGGGUGCGUCUCUGGCCUUGUGCCCGGAGUAUAGCUUGGUGCUGGAGGAUGAACUGGGGGUAUGUGGGUGUGCUGUGGGCAUUCUGGAUGUCCGGUCCUUUGCCAAGCGAUGUCAGGCCACCUGGCUACCUGCUAUGAGGGACAAAUAUCCGUCACGACCCCAUGGAGCCAGUGGACACAGUGUAACAAAGGAGGCGAUGCUGUAUUUCCACGAAGAACAGGAUUACCCAGACUCCUUGCUGUAUCAUUUUCCAUCUCAGCUCAGGCUCGAGGCUCUUCCUGAGCUGGUGGACUGUAGCGUCAGUCGUAGCCUUCUGACAGCCCUGCUCACAGCACUUAAAGCUAACGGUUCACAAGGUGUUUUCUGUGAGGUUCAGCCUACAGAUGGAUUGCGGAUCGAAUUUCUGACAAAGCUGGGGUUUCUGGAAAUCCUCCGUGGAGAAGCACGACCAAGAGAAGGGGUAGUUUUGGGGAGGCUGUUAUAAGCAAAUAGAUAAAAUAUAAAAGAUCUAAAGGGAAAAGAGUUAAAAUAUUUGAAGUCUGAGCUGUGGUUAUAGUUAAGAUAAAAAUGGUUGGGUUUAAAAGUGCUUUAGUGAAGUGUUAAGGUCUAUUCACAACUCUGAGGAGUAAAAAAAUGGAGUAAAUAUUAAAUAAAUGAAUAAAACAAUGAAUUCUGCAUGCUGUAGAAGUCCAUCUAUUAACCCAAUAAUGAAGCUAUCAGCAUGGUCGAAGGUAAAUGCGUAUAAGCCUUUACUAGUGGUUUUGAAAAUAAUUCUAUUUAUUAGAAUUUAUUCACAUUUGUUUUUCAGCUCCGGAUUUAUUCUGACUCCAAUUUUAAGUGACCGUCAAAUUUUUACUGUAUUUCUUAUUGUAAGAAUGAAUCACAUUCAUUGUUUAUGAUUCAAUUUAGAGUUUUGAUUUAUAUCUGAUCACGUACUAUUCAGUUCUACGUUCAUUAGGAACCAAACGCUGUUUAGAGUUCUAUGCCACAAGAUUGCGUUUCUUUUUACGGACAUUGUCUUGACAUUCCAAAGUUAGUCAGAGUAUGCAGGGUUAACUAAUACCUUAAUACUAGGGGUGUGACGAGACACAGGAUUGGGUUCACGAGAACGAGACAAGAUUUUUACCCUAUUUUUAAGAAAUCUUCAAUAAUGAAAUAUAUGAAUGGAAAAUAGUCUUUUAUUCAACUAAAGAAAAAAAAUCACAAAAUACAAAACUA